AUGGAUACCAUCUUGGUUUUCAGCCUAAUCAUUAUAUUCUGUGAUGUUAGCAAGAAAGAACUCAAAGAUAGCAGCUGCCAUGUGGAACAGCUGCCUGGGCUCUUCCCAAAGGAUGUGAGAAGGGAUGUACUAAUGCAAGGUAGCGAAUGGGCCCUUUCUGAAAAAUCAUUUUGUCAUUCCAGAUACUCUGUACCUUUAAAAGAGGCCCAUCUCCCCUAUUCCCAGCUGAAGAAUGAUAAACAAGAGAUAAGGUUUUGUCAGGUACAGCAAAGGCAGGAUGAAGUUUUCUUGGUUGUCUUUUCAUUGCUUCUUUCUUGUUUUAUAGCUUGUUUACCAGGGACAUCCCAAUGUAAGGUCUAUGAAGUGAUGGGGACUGCAUCAGAGACUUUUCCCACCACCACCUCCAUAACUCCUGGGAAUAAAGAAGGAGAGAAAACUACAAAUAUUGAUGAUUUUUCUAGCCCUUUGAAACAAGAGGAGAAUCUAGAGAAGAGGCAGAAAUGGAGUACUGUGAUCAAAUUUCUGAUUGUUGUUACCCUGUUGUUUAGUGGAGUCGCCAUUAUAGUGUUUGCCAUUUUUGAAGUCCCAUGCCCUGGUCAAUGCCGAGGAGCCAGAGAGCUAUGCCAAUGCCAGAGGUUGUGCAGAAGGCAAAGGAAGGAAGGCCAGGAACCUGAGGCAGCUGAAUCCCAGCUUGAAUUUCAACCCAAGAAGGAAAGUGGUCUCUGUAGGGUUUACGUCUUUUGCUGGGAAAAAAUGAGGUUAAUAUACACAUGCUGGGAGACAGGAAGUUGUUUCAGUUAUGAAGCAAAUGUUGCUAAUUCUUUUAUGUGUCAGGAAAUAGGUAGGUAUUUGUACUACUGUUUUGUUUUCUUAACAUCAGCCCAGCCAGGGGUUGGAUGAGAUGCUCCCAAGUCAUCAAGUCCAAAGAGAGCUGCAGGGAUCACUGUCAUCCAUGAGACAUACUUCUGAAAAGUUCUUCUCUGCUUCACACAUUGAAUGGAGGAUACUACACUGACUUCUCCCUAUUAUUAACCAAUGUCGGCAGGUUCUUCUGAAUUUUACACUCGUAUCUUCAGUGAGGACAUUACAAGCAAACAGCAAUGCCAGACCAAUGAAGAAGGAGCCUGGGCUUAGCAGUCAGACUUACUCUCAUGCCAUUGCUACUGACUUAGUCACAAGCCUCUGAGAUUCACUCUGUCCAUCCACCAAAAAUGGGUAUCUUUUCAUCCCAUCCAAUGAGAACAAAAAGUCUUCCCUCUGAGCACUAUGAAUGGACCCAUUGCUCUCUUUGACAAAAGGUUUAAACAUAGCCUCCAAGGAAGCGGGCAAAGCAGCCACUAGUGUGGUACAGUUCACUAACUCCUCUGUUAACCUCACAGUUCAUUUCAUGCUCACUGGCUCUCAACCAGCUUAGGGUGGGGGGUUCCUGUGUUCCCAAGCUGAUGUUCAUAGGGUUAUGCCUUAACCUCUGCCACCACAUGUAGCUAUCCACACACUGGUGAGGGGAGUAUAACCCUGAGCAUUCCAGAAGUCCUCCUUCUAAGUCAUCCCCAAGGGGCUCAGGGACUGCAUACAAAUAGGACACAUGUGAGGUCUCCCGAUAAUCCACAACUCUUCCAAGUGGGCCUGACAUUACACCCUACAUGUAAUGGUGAGCUGUGUAUAUUUUGAACAAGGAUUCCAGAGCAAGACAACUAUGAUGAUCUUUCUUACAAAGCCUCUGAGAAAGUCUGACCUGCUCAAGUAAGAGUCUGGCGAGGAAGCAGGACCAGCUGAUGUUAAAGGGAACAGGUUAAAAAAAAAAAAAAAAAAA